CUCAUCCACCCAGCAGUAUCUCGCGCUUCGGAUUGCUAGUUUGCACGGCUUCGGGAGGUGACAGUAGCCGAGCGCGCGGAGAAAAUGUCAGCCAGACCCGGCUUUUACCGGCAGGAGCUCAACAAAACCGUGUGGGAGGUUCCCGAGCGGUACCAGAACCUGACGCCGGUUGGAUCCGGGGCGUACGGAACUGUGUGCUCGGCGUAUGAUGUCAAGUUGCGUCAGAAGGUGGCGGUGAAGAAGCUGUCGCGACCGUUCCAGUCGCUCAUCCACAGCCGCCGAUCCUACCGAGAGCUGCGCCUGCUCAAGCACAUGAAGCACGAGAACGUGAUCGGACUACUGGACGUCUUCACUCCAGCUACCUCUCUAGAAGACUUCAAUGAAGUGUACCUGGUGACUAACCUGAUGGGUGCCGAUCUGAACAACAUCGUCAAGUUCCAGCGUCUGUCUGAUGAGCACGUGCAGUUCCUCAUCUACCAGCUGCUCCGGGGCCUCAAGUACAUCCAUUCAGCAGGACUGAUUCACAGGGACCUGAAGCCCAGCAACGUGGCUGUGAAUGAGGACUGUGAGCUCAGGAUCCUGGACUUUGGAUUGGCCAGACAGACCGACGACGAGAUGACCGGCUAUGUGGCCACCCGCUGGUACCGGGCGCCAGAAAUCAUGCUCAACUGGAUGCACUACAACCAGACAGUUGAUAUCUGGUCAGUGGGGUGCAUCAUGGGAGAGCUGCUGAAGGGGAAGGUCCUGUUUCCUGGCAACGACUACAUCGACCAGCUGAAGAGGAUCAUGGAGGUGGUCGGCACGCCGAGUCCAGAGCUCCUGAAGAAAAUGUCCUCCGAACACGCGCAGAAGUACAUCCAGUCUCUGCCCUUCAUGCCCCAGCAGGACCUGGAGAAGAUCUUCAGAGGGGCCAACCCCCUGGCGGUGGACCUGCUGAAGCGCAUGCUGGUGCUGGACUGUGACGGCCGGAUCACGGCGUGUGAGGCGCUGUCCCACCCGUACUUCUCCCAGUACCACGACCCGGACGACGAGCCCGAGGCCUCGCCCUACGACCAGACGCUCGAGAGCAAGGACCGCACGCUGGAGGAGUGGAAAGAGCUGGUGUUUGAGGAGGUGAGCGGCUUCAAAGCUCCUGUCAGCAAACCAGACAGUCUGCAGGCUGAGCAGUAGGAGCCCGCCCACAACACCCCAUUUACCAAUCAGAGAAGGCAGAGAGAAGGAGAGCCCGCCUACAAUACCCCAUCCACCAAUUAGAGAAGGAGAGCCCACCUACAACAUCCCAUCCACCAAUCAGAGAAGGAGAACCCGCCUACAACACCCCAUCCACCAAUCACAGAAGGAGAACCCGCCUACAACACCUCAUCCACCAAUCAGAGAAGGACGCACCCAUCCACAUCACCCAACCCACUAAUCACAGAAUGCAGGGAGAAGGAUGAAUCCGGCUACAAUGCUUCACCAACCAAUCACAUAAGGCUGACACAGAGAGGAGUUGGCCUACAAUUCCCCAUCCACCAAUCAAGAGCAGGCCAAGGCAGAAGAGCCGGCCUGCAAAAUACCACUGACCAAUCAGAGGAGAUUACAGAGGAGGGCGGGCCUACGAAGGACUCCUACCCAAUCAGAACCUUUCAGGCCAUUCCGCUGGCCUGAUGCGCUGUGUAUAUGACUGGUGUACAAAUAUGUGUGUGUGUGUGUGUGUGUGUGUGUGUGUCUGUGUAUGAAUGUGUGUUGUUCAGUACCACUGCCUAUUUUACCUACAGUAUUGGAUCGUCUGCAAGGUGUGUCUAUUGUUGGGGAUGUCCAGGUUGUACCUUAUCAGGGAGCAUGUUCUUAUGCAUGUGUGUGUGUGUGUGUGUGUGUGUGUGUGUGUGUGUGUGUGUGUAUUUAGUUCUGUGUGUGUGUGUCUCUGAAGCACGUGUGUUUGGAUGCUGGUGUUCUCUGAUACACUUUGUGUUUGUGUGUGUAUGUGUGCGUGUAUGUGUGUCUCUACCUUUUAUACUCGCGAAAGGGAAGGAGAUGAGGUGUGGCAGAGAAUCCGCUCCACCCAAUCAGAUUUGUGGGACACAGGUCAUGUGACUAGUCACAUGCUUGCGCCCGCCGUGUUCCAUUGGCUGUCUCCGUCAGCAGGAGACUACAGGGUCAUACCAAAGAUCAUUAAGGGCGGAGCAAGAUACUUUGUGAGAAGCCACUUCCUGGAACCCGAAUCGCAAGAGGGAGGGGGGGCAAAAUCCCCCUUUAUGCAGAGCUGUUCCAGUGAAGUCUAUGGACAUGACACACCCCUUUAUGCAGAGGAAGUGAUCCCCGUUUUUGCGCCCAUAGACAUGAUCUACGACAACGUAUCUUGCUCCGCCUUAAGGAUCUUUGGUCAUACGUAGCAAAAGCUCUU